AUGGCUACCAAGAGCAAGGAGCACGAGGGUGGUCAGGUUCGGCGCUGCCGUGCGGUGGCGUGGUUUAUUGAUCUGUACCUUGUCCCAGAGUGGUCGCACGGUGCGGGCCGCGGCGGCUGGGCGGUGUUGGGUGCGGGGAGGUCUGUGCGCUGUCCUGUGCUGCGGGCAGGCUCCGUCAUCUGUGGAGGGCGGUCAUGGGCUCGAGGCGCAAGGCACGUGCGGCAGAUCGCACGGCGGGCCGGGCACUGCCCGCCGCGGCCGGUAUCGAUCGCUGCGCGCGCAGGCCGCCGCCCUCUCACA